CGAUCUCGAUUACUUGAAAACRUUUGGCGGGAAAGGUUGUGUAAAGUAUUUUGUCGUCGUUUAAGUUGAUUUCGAGAUGGAUUUAACCGAUUUUGAACGGGAAAACAGUAAAAACUGUAAAAUUAAGUCACAAAUUCCCGAUAUAACGCGAUCAGAGCCUUGUUGUGUUGGUAUCGAUGAAGCUGGUCGAGGUCCAGUGCUGGGACCUAUGGUGUAUGGCAUUUGCUACUGUCCUCUAUCGAAAUCCGAAAAUCUCAAAGAACUUGGUUUCGCAGAUUCCAAAACAUUGACAGAGGAACAGCGAGAAGCCUUGUUUGAAACACUUUCUAAAGACAACAGUGAUUACAUAGGAUGGGUUAUCGAUAUUCUAUCUCCUAAUUAUAUAUCCAAUGCUAUGCUAAGAAGAACAAAGUGCAGUCUAAAUGAGAUAUCACACAACUGUGCCAUUGGAUUGAUUCAACUCUUACUAGAUUCUGGUGUCAAUGUGCAAGAGAUAUAUGUUGAUACAGUAGGCGUUGCAAACAAGUAUCAAGAAAAGCUACAAAAGAUAUUCCCUGAACAGCAAAUAACAGUGACACCAAAGGCUGAYGCAAAAUUCCCUGUUGUUAGUGCUGCUAGUAUAUGUGCAAAGGUUGGUAGAGAUAGAGUCAUUAAAUCRUGGAAAUAUCAAGAAGGCUUUGAAUCAAUGAAUACUUGUGGAUCUGGAUAUCCUUCAGACCCUGCAACCAAGAAAUGGCUUGCUGACAAUGUUGACAAAGUGUUUGGUUUUCCUAGACUAGUCAGGUUCAGCUGGCAAACCUGUUCUACAAUCCUAGAUGGCAAAGCAGCUGAAGUGRCUUGGGAUGAUGAUGGCGAUAGUGAUGAUGAAGCUGCCAAGGGUACAGCAGCAAUUACAUCUUUCUUCUCAGCAAAAGAUGCGCCCAAGAGACAUAAGUUCUUUCUUGAUCGUAAACUAGAACCACUGGAAGGUUUUUGAUGUAAGACUAGAAAAAAAUGUGAAAUAUAUUAUGUAUUUACAAAAUCAAUCUGCAAUCAAAAAAAAUGAUAACAGCUAUAAAGAGUAUUGGAUGUCAUUUUAUACUUCUCGACUUUUUUUAUUUGUUUCAACCAAGAAAAAACAAGUCUUUACAUUGCAGAUKCUUUGUAGUAGUUAAAGUUAUUAAUACUUAUUAAUAUUCAUUAGUUAACGGUGCAAACGCUCUUUCUAAAUAUCUACCAAAAAAUGUAAAUAACGUACGGAUUUAACAAGUUGAAAAUAUAUUGUGCAUGAAAUAUCGUGAA